AUGACAGCUUCAGAGCAGGAAGUCUGGGACAAGCUGCCCCUCGUCGCCGACGUCCUCAAGCACCCAGCCUUCCCAACGGCAACAUGGAACUUGGAGCCUACCAAAAGUGGCCGUCUGCCCGUGGCUGAAGGCCGUGGUGGCCCGCUGAAGAUCGCAUGGGAGGUUCACGGCUCUGGGCCGGUGAGGCUCGUCUUCUUGAUGGGUCUUGGGUCCUUCAAGUCCGCCUGGCAGCGACAAACUCUUCACUUCGGCCACGAGCGUGAGCAGACCUACUCAGUCCUCUGCCUCGACAACCGCGGCAUGGGCGACAGCGACGUGCCCCUGAUGCGCUACUCCACCUCCGAGAUGGCCCGCGACGCCAUCGAGGUCCUGCAGCACAUAGACUGGCUGCCCCGCAACGCCCUCUCGCCCUCUUCCUCCUCCCCACCACCAGAGCGCACCCUCCACGUCCUCGGCAUCUCCAUGGGCGGCAUGAUCGCGCAGGAGCUCGCCUGUCUCGUGCCAGGCUACCUCUCCACCCUCUCCCUGCUCUGCACCGCCGCGAACGUCGAGAACACCACCACCUUCUGGGAGAACAUGGUGCAGCGCGCCCAGAUGCUCAUCCCCAAGUCCCUCGAGGCGUCCGUCCGCAGCGGAGGGCGUAACCUCUUCCCCUUGUCGUACUUUGUCAGCCCUGACUACGUGCACCUCCCGGACCCCAAGACAACGCCCAAGGUGCUGCCCCCGUCGGACGAGAGCGGCGGCGGCGAGUACCUGCGCUUCAACAACAACUACGAGCGGUUCGUGGCAGGCGAGCUGCACAAGCGGCUGGACGAGAAGCGGUUCACGACCAAGGGGUUCCUGCUGCAGCUCAUCGCUGCCGGGUGGCACCACAAGAGCCCCCAGCAGCUGGCCGACAUGGCGGACCGCGUGGGCCGCGAGAGAAUCCUUCUUCUGCACGGCACCGCCGACAAGAUGAUCACUGUGCCGCAUGGCUAUAAGCUGAAGGAGUACCUCGGGGGGGACGACAGCGGGUUGACGGCUAUCAUCGAGCAGGACAUGGGCCACGUCCCGCCGCUGGAGCGAUAUGAGUGGUUCCAUGAGUUGGUGGAAAAGAGAUUCAGGAUUGGGGAGCAGCUAGACGGGCGGAAGUGGCCUUCAGCGUGAACAGAAUAAGGCGGCAGGCGGUUUUUGGGUAUCUAGGAUGCAUCAUGGUAGACGUAGAAAGGGGGCGCCUUUGAUAUUAUGUAUUUUUAUAUCCGCAAGAGAUAGAUAGACUUUACUGUAAUUCACCAAUUUCGAGAAGCUGU